AUGGGCACCUCGCAGCUGGUCUGUGCGACACUUCUCCUGGCGGCACUCCCCGUGACCCUCGCCCUCAGCCCCAACCUCUACUUCAACACCUCCUUCACCGACCUCGACGGGUGGUGGAACUUUGGUCCUCGACCCUCGUCGUGGGUCGUCCGCGAGCUCGCUCCGCUCGGCAUCACAACCGAGGGCCCCUCCUGGCAUUCGACCAACAGCAGUUUAAUCACAUCAGGCACCCCGGCGGUAGCCAACCUCGCCGUCUACGCAACAUGGGCACGUAUCAACAUCUCCGUGGACGACACCCCCACCACCAUUCAAGUCACCACUGAUCGACAGUUCCAAGGUCCACUUCCUCCUUGGUCGACAGCCACCAACACGACAGGCAACUGGACGAUCAACCUCGGCCGCUCUCCCAUCUCCGACAUCUACAACGCGACCCUCACAGUAACCAACGGCUCGGCGUCGAUUUACUCGGUCGAGCAGACGAUAGGGAUCCAGACACAGCAAACCGACGUGACCCAACUCCUCCUCUACACCGCUCCAAUCGUCAACUCUACCAAGCUCAACCCUCUGUACACCUGGAGUGGCGAUUGGAGCCUCUCCCCCUUCAACGACCCCUUCUCCGGUGUCGUCCAAACGGCGGUCGGUGGCCCAGGCUCCUCCGUCGCCAUCCCUAUCCCCGCCAAUGCGUCGUUUGUCCUCAUACAAGGUGUGCGCGGCCCCGCGAACACCGAUGGGUUCGUCGACUUUGACCCGCCGGCGCCAUGGGGAAAGACGGUCCGCUUCUGGUCUCACGGCGCUACACCCAACGGCAUGACGCUAUUCUCUACACCCAUCGACCCAACAGUCCUCUACUCGAUGACGGUACGAGCAGGUAGCGGCCCCAUCGGGCUCUACCACACGCAAUACAUCAGUGGCCUACUUGACAACUCGAACUGGCCUGUUUUAAACGGAACCACGCCUUCGGUCACUACCACGACGUCUACCCAGGUAUCAGCGUCCGCAACAUCCCGCCCUGCAUCCACCACUCUCUCCACCACCAAUCUUGGCGGAUUGAUUGGGGGUCUAGUCGCCGGUAUCACUGCCGUCAUCGCCGUCAUCAUCAUUACCGUCCUCUAUCGCCGCAACAAUCGGCGGUCCUCCAAGCCCGUGGCCCUGGACACUGUCGACCUCGCUGACAUCCGCGAUGAGGACGUGCACCUCACGCCUUUCACCCAAGGUGAGUUGUGCAGUUGA